GUAUCAUCGCGGUGGUGUGAGGCAGAGGGACUUCAUCAUGAAGAACACUGAAGGGUUAAAGGAGAAAGUGAAAGUAAACUGCAGCAGAAUAACGGACUCACCCUUAAUGCGGAUUAAGAGUGAAACAGACAUUUGACUUCCUGAGAGAAUGUCGGGUGAUUUUGAGGAAAUCAGAACCACUGAAACAAGUCUAUCUGAGGGCCAAUGUAAACAUCAAAGAGAAAAUGAGGAAAGACCAAAUUCUCCUGAAACCAGCUGUGUGUCCUUUAAGAGUGACCAGUCUAAGCCACUCUCUAUCAACUUUAAAGAGGGAACAGGUUCUCAAGAAAGAGGAACUGAAGAAAGACCAAAUUCUCCUUUAUCCAGCUGUGUGUCCUAUAAGAGUGACCAGUCUAAGCCACUCUCUAUCAACUUUAAAGAGGGAACAGGUUCUCAGGAAAGAGGAACUGAGGAAAGACGAAGUUCUCCUGUAGCCAGCUGUUUGUCUUUUAAGAGUGAUCAGUCCAAGCCACUCUCUGUCAACUUUAAAGAGGGAACAGCCUCCCUGGAAACUGCACUUUCCUCCUUGUUAAAGGGGGACCAGCCUCUCAGGGGAACUGAUGAAAGGCCAAAGUCUCCUGUAUCCAAAUGUCUUUCCUUGAAGAGCAACCAAUCAAAGCCACUAUCUAUCAACUUUAAUGAGAGAACAGACUCCCAGGAAAGACAAAAUUCCUCCCCAGCUAGACAGCUAAAGAAUACGCCUAGUACUGACAAAACAACAGGGAUACAUUCCAAGGAAAGAAAUCAUUGUGAGUCUGAAGCUACUGUGAAAACUGCCAAAUUAGAAAAGAAGAUUACAGACUUUCUCUACAACAUCUUCAAUGAUCUCGAAAAUAAAAUGACUGUAUUUAUAAAACAUGAGCUUGAGAUGUUUAAGAAAUUUCUGAGAAAAGAAAACACAAAAUAUUAUGGAGAUGUGAGGGAUGAUCUGUGGAGUAUUAAAGAAGCAACUCUUGAUAUGGCGUUAUACUUUUUGAAGAUGAUGGAUCACAGUGACCUUGCUGAUGCACUCCAAGAUGCGCUAAUAGGAAUUCAGCAGCGUGCACUCAAAUCAAACCUGUGUAAGAAGUAUAAUCGUGUAUGUGAAGGAAUUGCAAAGCAAGGAGAGUCCAACAUUCUUAACAAGAUCUACACAGAUCUGUACAUCACAGCUGGUGGAAGUGGACAAAUAAAAGAACAACAUGAGAUGAGACAAAUUGAAAAACAAAAAACGAGUGUGAAAAAUGAGAAAAAUCAGAUGGAGCAAGAGGAACAAAUUGAAUGUAAGAACAUGUUUGAACCGUUAUCUGAAGAAGACAAACCCAUCAGGACUGUGGUGACGCAGGGGGUCGCUGGCAUCGGAAAAUCCAUCUGUGUGCAGAAGUUUGUUCUAGACUGGGCUGAAGGGAAAGAAUAUCAGGACAUCAAGUUUAUAUUUCCACUGCCUUUCAGAGAGCUGAACCUGAAGGAGAAGGAAUUGUGCAGUUUGAGGGAAAUCAUCUAUCAUUUUUUCCCAGAAGCAAAAGGACUGAGAUUCACAGAUAGGUAUAAAGUCAUGUUCAUCUUUGAUGGCCUGGAUGAGUGUCGACUUCCUCUGACUUUCCAUGAAAAUGUGAAGUGGACUGAUGCAUCAAUGCCAGCUUCACUGGACACUAUAGUGACAAACCUCAUUGAAGGAAACCUGCUUCCGUCUGCUCUGAUCUGGAUAACCACUCGACCAGCAGCAGCUGCUAAGAUCCCUGCUGAACAUGUGGACCGGGUUACAGAGGUGCGUGGCUUCAAUGAUGUACAAAAGGUGGAAUACUUCAGAAAGAAAAUCAGCGAUGAGAGUCUGGCCAACAGAAUCAUUGAUCAUAUUAAAGGAUCAAGAAGCCUCUUCAUCAUGUGUCAUAUUCCAGUCUUCUGCUGGAUUUCAGCUACCGUACUUGAGGGGAUUUUGGGAGGAACAGACAGUGAAGACAUUCCACAGACUCUGACGGAGAUGUACACAUGCUUUCUGAUCUUUCAGACUGUACAGGGGGACAAGAAAUACAAUAGAAAGUGUGUCUCAGAUAUUCCAUGGGAUAAAGAGGGAAUUCUUUCACUGGGAAAGCUUGCCUUUAGUCACCUGGAAAAAAACAACUUGAUAUUCUAUGCACAAGAUCUAGACGACUGUGGAAUUGACCCGAAUAACAUAAAGGUGUACUCAGGAGUGUGCACUCAGGAAACUGGCAGAUUUCUAGGCACGGUUUUCAGCUUUGUGCAUCUCAGCAUUCAGGAGUUCAUUGCUGCUUUAUUUACAUACGUAAGUCUCAAAAAUGAAAACAAGAAUGUUUUUGAGCAACCAGAAGAGAGUAAAGAAACAAAAGAAUUCGAUUUGCUCAAGAUUACAGUGGACAAAGCUUUGGAGAGUGACAACGGACACUUGGAUCUUUUCCUCCGCUUCCUUCUGGGCCUGUCAUUGGAGUCUAAUCAGAAGCUCAUUCGAGGUCUGCUGACACACAGAGGAAACAGCUCUGACUGUCAGAAGGACAUAGUUGUUCACAUCAAGUCCAAACUUGAAGAAAAUCCAUCUCCUGAGAGAUCAAUCAAUCUGUUCUACUGUCUGAAGGAGUUAAAUGAUGACUCACUAGUGAACGAGAUCCAAAGCCGCAUGAGCUCAGGACGUCUCUCUGAAGCUGAACUCUCACCUGCUCAGUGGUCUGCUCUGGUCUUUGUGUUGCUGACAUCAGAGGAGGAUUUGGAAGUGUUUGAGCUACAGAAGUUCAUAAAGUCAGAUGAAUGCUUUAAGAGACUGCUACCAGUCGUCCGGGAAGCCACAAGAGUUCUGCUCAGCGAGUGUAACCUGACGGAGAGAAGCUGCUCGGCCUUACACACAGUUCUCAGCUCAGAAUCCUCCAAGCUGACUGAGGUGGAUCUGAGCAGUAAUCCUCUGGAUGACUCAGGAGUGAAGCUGCUUUGUGCUGGACUGAAGAGUCCAAACUGUAACCUGGAGAAACUGAGACUUUCAGAUUGUAAUAUAACAGGGGAAGGAUACGCUGCUCUGGCUGAAGCUCUGAAAUCAAACCUUUCAUCAAACUUGAUAGAGCUGGAUCUCAGACGGAACGACCCUGGAGCAUCAGGAGUGAAGCUACUCACUGAUUUACUACAGGAUCAAAACUGUAAACUGAGGACAUUGAGGCUGCUGAAAAGUGCUGAUGCAGAGAAGGCCUGUGAUUUUCUGACUGAGGUUCUGGGUAAAAACCCCUUACUGCAGAGGGAACUGGAUCUGAGUGGAAAAAUAAAAGGAGAUUCAAGAGUGAAGCAGCUCUCUGUUCUACUGGAGGAUUCACACUGCAGACCUGAGAGACUCAUGUUGGACCUUUUUCUCCUUAGACUUACUGGAUGUGGACUAAUGAUGGAAAGUUGUCAAUCUCUGGCUGAAGUUCUCAGUUCACCCCCCUGUUUUCUAACUGAAUUGGACUUGAGUAACAACAACCUACAGAAUUCAGGCAUCCAGCAAUUAUCUGAAGGACUGAAGAAUCAAAGCUGUGUUCUGAAGAUAUUAAGACUUUCAGACUGCAGUGUAACAGAGGAAGGAUACGCUGCUCUGGCUGAAGCUCUGAAAUCAUCACACCUGAUAGAGCUGGAUCUCAGAGGGAACGACCCUGGAGCAUCAGGAGUGAAGCUGCUCACUGAUGUACUACAGGAUCCACACUGUACACUGAAGACACUGAGUUUAUUGAAAAGUCCUGCUGCACAAGAGGCCUGUACCUGGCUAGAUUCUGUUUUACGUAAAAAAUCUUUACUCCAAAAAGAGCUGGAUCUGAGCAUGAUGGAAACAGGAGACUCGGGAGUGGAGAAGCUCUCGGCUCUACUGGAAGACUCACAUUGUAAAUUUCAGAAAAUUAGGCUGAAUAAAUGUAACCUGACUGAGGAGAGCUGUUCAGCUUUAGCCAGCGUUCUCAACUUAAAGUCCUGUAGUGUGAGAGAGCUGGACCUGAGCAACAACAGUCUGCAGGAUUCAGGAGUCACUCGGCUUUCUGCUGGACUGAAGAGUCCUCAGUGUAAACUGGAGAUUCUGACGCUUAGCAUGUGUGGUUUAUUGGAGGAAAGCUGUUCAGCUCUAGCUGAAGUUCUAAAGUAUUCCCAGCUGAGAGAGCUGGACCUGAGCAACAACAGUCUGCAGGAUUCAGGAGUCACUCGGCUUUCUGCUGGACUGAAGAGUCCUCAGUGUAAACUGGAGAUUCUGAGGCUCAAAACAUGUCUCAUAACUGCUGGAAGCUGUUCAGCUCUUGCGGAAGUUCUCAACUCUGAGUAUUCCCAGCUGAGAGAGCUGGACCUGAGCAACAACAGUCUGCAGGAUUCAGGAGUCACUCAGCUUUCUGCUGGACUGAAGACUCCACAGUCUCGACACACAAUAAUCAGACUGUGUAACUGCAGUGUAGAAGCUGAAGGCUGUGCUGCUUUGGCUACAGCUCUGGAAGAAAACCCCUCACAUCUCUUGGAGCUGGAUCUGAGCGAGAAUAAAGCAGGAGACUCGGGAAUGAAGCAGAUCUCUAAUCUACUACAGAAUUCACUCUGUGUCCUACAAAAACUCAAUGUAACUGCCAAUAAUAUAACAGAGGAAGGAUACGCUGCUCUGGCUGAAGCUCUGAAAUCAUCACACCUGAUAGAGCUGGAUCUCAGAGGGAACGACCCUGGAGCAUCAGGAGUGAAGCUGCUCACUGAUGUACUACAGGAUCCACACUGUACACUGAAGACACUGAGGUUGUUGAAAAGUCCUGCUGCACAGGAAGGCUAUGAGUUACUUUACAGAGUUCUGAAUAAGAACCCCUUGCUGCAGAAAGAACUCGAUGUGAGUGAGAAAAUAAACGGAGACUCCGAGGUGAAGCAGCUCUCUGCUCUACUGCAGGAUUCACACUGCAGACCUGAGAUACUCAAGGUAAAUAACGUCAGGAUGAGAAAUGAAGGUUGUGCUGCUCUGGUAUCAGCGCUGAGUUUAAACCCCUCACACCUGAGACAGCUGGAGCUGAGUGGGAAUACACUGGGAGGAUCAGGAAUGAAGGAGCUCUGUGGUGUGCUGAAGAAUCAACAAUUCAAACUGCUGAAACUGGGGUUGUGUAAUUGCAGUCUCACUGAGGAAGAUUGUGCUGCUGUUGUAUCAGCUCUGAGAACAAACCCCUCACUCCUCAAGGAGCUGGACCUGAGUGAGAACACAAUUGGAAACACAGGAGUGAAGGAGCUCUCGGAUCUACUGCAGAACCCAAACUGCACUCUGGAGAUACUGAAACUGAGUAAAUGUAGUCUCACCCAAACACAAUGUGGAGACCUGGCUAAGGCUCUGGAAUGUAACUCCUCAUCACAUCUGAAAGAGCUGGACCUCAGAGGGAACCACAGUGUGUCAAGAUGGAAUAUUUUUAGUUAUUUUCUAGGGAAUUCAAACUCUAAACUGAUUGUGAGAAUCUUGAGUCCUGAAGCAGAAAAGGCCUGUGAUUUUCUGACUAAAGUUCUGGGUACAAACCCCUUACUGCAGAGAGAACUGGAUCUGAGUGGGAAAAUAUCCGGAGACUCAGGAGUGAAGCAGCUCUCUGUUCUACUGAAGGAUCUGCAGUGUAGAACUGAGAAACUCAGGCUGAGUAAGAGCGGUAUUACAGAGAGAGGCUGUACUGAUCUGAUAUCAGCUCUUACUGCAAACCCUUCACACCUGACAGAGCUGGACCUGAGUGAGAAUACACUGGGAAAUCCAGGAGUGGAGAAGAUCUCUACUCUACUGAGUUCAUCCUGCAAACUCCAGAAGCUUGUACUUUCAGACUGUAAUAUAACAGAGAAAGGAUACACUGCUCUGAAUAAAGCUCUGAAGUCAAACCGCUCAUCACACCUGAUAAACCUGGACCUCAGAGGGAACGACCCUGGAGACUCAGGAAUGACGGAGAUUAGGAGUUUGAUGAAUGAUACAAAAUGUAAAAUGACACUGAGGUGA